AUGGGUAUCCUAAAGAACCUCAUCAUCGCCACAACAGGCACCCAUAUCUACCUGCCCAAACAAAUCCAAGGCUGGAUCGAACGCAAUGGCGGCCGCUACUCACCCACCGUCCACGAAGGAGUCACCCACCUCCUCGCUAGCGAAGUAGCGUACAAAUCCAAACAACGCACUGAAGCAGUGCACCAAGCACUCUCACUCGGUAUCCAAAUCCUCAGCUACGACUGGCUCGACGACUCUUUGAACGCUCGCAAGAAACUCCCUGUCAAGAGUUAUGUGCGGGAAGUUCUGAGCGACAAGCGGCGCAUGGCUAAGAAACUGAAGAGACUUGGGGCUGAGGCUGAUGGUAAGAAGUUUCGGGAGGGAUGUGAGGAGAUUAUGAAGUUGACGGGUUCAGUGAAGGAUACUUCAAAUCCCCCAACGUUGAGCACAAUACCCACAUCUACCACUCUUUCUUCCGCACCGAAUGAUUCGAGAACACAAGCUAAAUCCCACCGGAAAGCCGAAUACCACUACUACCAAGACACCACGGGUUUCGAUUACAAAAUCACUCUAAUCCAAAGUGACAUUUCCAACAACAUCACCGCAAAAUACCACAUCGGCCUGCUGGAAAGCCACACGAAACCGCAUACGUACUGGGGCCUGGCACAGUAUCAACCCGUCGAAGUCACACCGACUUCACCCUUACCCACCACCAUCAGCUCAACCUCCCCCACGACCGACCAUAAGAACCCAGACAUAACCCGCGUAGAAUCAGAAAAAUCCUGCCUCCUCUCCCUCAUCUCUCCCCCACCCCCUAACCCCACCACGUCCUUCACAAACCCCCUCUGCCCCCGCAACGCUUCCUUCGCGAUAGCCUGGCGCUCCUUCCGCCACGCCUUCCACGACCUAACCCUCAUACCCUGGGAAUCCCGCUUCGACGCCCACGCCACCUCUCUGCAAAAGCGCGAAGCCGCAAGGUUGGAUGUCGAGCCGUAUAGGUAUGUGAGGCCGAGGUUGGGUAUGCCGGUUGGGGUGUUUCCGCAGGCUGGGGAUUUAUUUACGUGUGGGGAGAAGUAUGUAAGGGGUACAGUUGGGAUUGCGUUGUUUGAGGGGGAACUGGAUGAGAAUGGGGCUUUUGGGGCGGUGGUGGUGAGGGAGAGGGAGAGGGAGAGGGUUGAGGAGGAGAGGAGGAGGAUAGGAGGGGUCGAGGUACAGGAGGGAGAGAAGAAGAGGAAGAGAGAGGGUAGGCUAGGGGAUGGGGUAGACGGGAGGGGCUUUGUUGCGCCGGAGUUUGCGCAUUUGUUGAGGGGGGUUGGGGGGAGGAAGUGA